CCCUGUAGCUCACUAACGGUAUUUUAUUUGGUUCUGGAAGGGAGUGAAGAUUUUUAUUGUCUUUCUCUAGCCCACCCCCAAGCAAAACUGCACUCUUACAGCUUAAAGUGUGUUCUGUUGAUUUCUUGUUCUCUGUAGCUACGAUGUUUAGGAGCAGACGGGAUCUUGAGAAUAUCCAAAAAAGCCGAGUCUUAAUUCUUAUAUACUUGGCAAGUGGAAAACUCUGCUUUGGGAUUGUUUUACUUUCCACCCGUGCACAGAGUAGAUAUUUGAUGCAUUCUUUUGAAUACGGAAUGUGACAUCCAUCUCUUUUGGAUUUGACCACGCUGGUGCUGGGGGAUUGAGUGAAGUCAAAGCAAGAGAUGCUUUCCAAAGAGAAUUGAAUAGCUGUGUUUGGAGAAGCUGUGCUUUCCAGGAAUUUAAAUGAGACUUUUUUUGUGAUUGCCUUCCAGGUCUCCCUUCCUAGUACCAUAUUUGCUUUGUGGGGCAGAACUUCUAAAGCUGUUUUAUAAUCUGAGAAGCACUUUGGAGGCUGAGGGAAUAAAGCCUAGCUGAAUUUUUGUAAACCUAUAUUUAUUGGUCAUGCUGAAAAUUUAGCGAGAAGUAAAUCAUACUUGAUUGAAAUCUUUGUCUCCUAGACCACUGCAUGUUCCAACCGAGAAGGGGCAUGGUGGUCCUUCACGCAAACUGCCUUCCCGGGUGGGGGAAUCACUGGCAGGCUUGCAAUACAUUUUUGUCUACAGUACUUAACUUUCUAAAGCACAUUUUAAAAGCCUCAUGUAUGUUGUUUGAUUAUUAAUAUUUCAGAAAUUGUAAUAAACUUUUUUUUACCAUUUUGAAAUAUAAUGUAUGACUAAGAAAGAACUAAAAUAAAAGGAAGUAUCAUCCCCUUUCCAGUUUAGUCCUAACAUCUCUUUUCAAAGGAAAAAUGAUGUGUGGCCAUGAACCUCUUUUUACCCACUCCCCUUCCACCAUCAUUUUUCUGUAAAAUUGACAACCAAAUUUUUCACAGCACUUAAAGUCAUGCAUUUUGUACUAAUGCACUAGAAAACCCACUGGCUAUGGCAAUUUGGAUACUGUGGCCAAAAUGGAGGGGGGGAAAAAAAACUUUAAUAAAUGACUUGCUUUGAAUUUCACGAGAUUAGAAAAAACACAGUCAUGAAAGAAUUCUUGAUCCAAUUCUUACUUUGCAAUGGAUCGAAAUUGUAGCAUUUUGUGUUUUGCUUGGUGCAAUGAAGCUUCUGGAGUUUUAAGCCAAAUCUCUUGUAGCUAUUUUGAUAGAGCCUCACCCCUUAGUUAGAGCUUAGUUCUGUGCUCCACAAUUUAGAGUGCAUUUGGAGACUGGUGGAGAGUUCAGAGGAAAGAGCAGAAUUUGUUGCAAUCUAGGAAGUAAAGGUAAAGAACUGAAGAUAUUUAGACUAGAGGACUUAGUUUAAGAUGCUUACUAUUUAAAAAUGUGUGAAUGAUUUAUUAUGCAGAAGAGGGCAAUCAUUUGUGGUAAGUUUCUGAUGAGGAUAAUUAAGAGGAAAAGAGUUCACUGUGGGGCGAAACAAAGUUGAGUCUUUUGAGUUGUUGCCAGUCUAACCAGCAACAGCAAGAUUGGUUAAGUAGUGAAGGGGCUGCUGAGAAAUUCCUGUACAUGCUUGUUUCUAGAGCUUUUAAUCCCUCCCUGCCCCCUUUCUGAGAGUCUUCUCUUUCUGAGAUGAUUGACAUGUGUGUCUCUGAUCAACUGCUUAUUUUUCUCCUCUAGGUCUAGAAUUUAUUCAAGCAUUUUUCAAGUGCUUAAAUCUUCUCUAAAAUGACAAACUCAUUCCUAGGCUUCUGCAGCUUCUGCUGAGGCUCUUCCCACGCCCCAGCUUCUGAACACCGAGGUGCUGACCCCGAGAUCUGCCAUGAAACCACACUUGAAGCCCUGGCGACAACGAAUGCUCUUUGGAAUAUUUGCGUGGGGUCUGCUCUUUUUGGCGAUUUUCAUCUACUUCACUGACAGCGACCCUGCUGAGCCAGUGCCCAGCACCUUCCCCUUCCUGGAGACCAGAGGGCUGCUGCCCAUCCAGGGCAAGCAGCGGGCUAUCAUGGGGGCCAUGCACGAGCCCUCCUCGCCCAGGAGUUUGGAUGCAGAUAAGGUGCUGCCAGGUGGACACCCGGCCGGCUCCUUUCACACAGGUCCAAAGGACCCGCAGAGAUGGGCGCAGGCCCAAGAUGGGUUUGAAAAUGAAGAGCUCUUUUCAUCCCAGGUGGGGAGGAAAUCUCAAAGUGCUUUCUAUCCGGAGGGUGACGACUACUUUUUUGCUGCGGCUCAGCCAGGGUGGCACAGCCAUACUCAGGGGACACUGGGAUUCCCCUCCCUUGGGGAGUCAUCGCAGCAGGAGGCAGCUUUGUCAGGGGGCGCAGUUCAGAGGAGACCUAUGCAGAAGAGGCACAGGAGGCAGGGGAGAAGCCACACACUGGAGGAACGCGAGGAUGGCGACAGGCUGUACGCCUCCAUGUCCAGGGCUUUCCUGUACCGGCUUUGGAAGGGGAAUGUCUCCUCCAAAAUGCUGAACCCGCGCCUGCAGAAGGCCAUGAGGGACUACCUGAACACCAACAAGCACGGCGUGCGCUUCCGCGGGAAGCGGGAGGCGCGGCUGAGCAGGGCCGAGCUGCUGUGCCAGCUCCGCCGCCGCGUGCGCGUGAGGACGCUGGACGGCACCGAGGCGCCCUUCUCCGCCUUGGGCUGGCGGCAGCUGGUGCCCGCGGUGCCUCUGGGCCAGCUGCACCCCCGCGGCCUGCACAGCUGUGCCGUGGUCAUGUCCGCGGGCGCCAUCCUCAACUCCUCUUUGGGGGAGGAAAUAGAUUCUCAUGAUGCAGUUUUGAGAUUUAAUUCUGCUCCUACACGUGGUUAUGAGAGAGAUGUUGGAAAUAAAACCACUGUGCGCAUCAUUAACUCCCAGAUUCUGACCAACCCCAGUCAUAACUUCAUUGACAGUUCUUUGUAUAAAGACGUCAUUUUGGUGGCCUGGGACCCAGCUCCUUAUUCCGCAAAUCUUAACCUGUGGUACAAGAAGCCAGAUUACAACCUAUUCACGCCAUAUAUUCAACACCGUCAGAGAAAUCCAACGCAACCAUUUUACAUACUUCAUCCUAAAUUUAUAUGGCAGCUUUGGGACAUUAUCCAGGAGAAUACCAAGGAGAAGAUUCAGCCAAACCCUCCAUCUUCUGGUUUCAUUGGAAUCCUCAUCAUGAUGUCCAUGUGCAGAGAAGUACACGUGUACGAAUAUAUCCCAUCUGUCCGGCAGACGGAGCUUUGCCACUACCAUGAGCUGUACUACGAUGCAGCCUGCACCCUGGGAGCCUACCACCCGCUGCUGUACGAGAAACUCCUGGUGCAGCGCCUGAACAUGGGCACCCAGGCUGAUUUGCAUCACAAGGGCAAGGUGGUCCUGCCAGGUUUCCAGGCUGUGCACUGCCCUGCACCCAAACCCAUCAAUGCACACUCUUAAAAGUGACUCUUGGGAAUCAAUGUGCAAUAAGGUACUACUGUUGUCCUCGAAGUCACAAAAGAAUACUUGAAACUAGAUUUUAGACAAUGUAGUAUUGAGUCUUUAAACUGUAAUUUAGUGGUGACCCUGAGAAUUCUUCUCUUUCUAAAGCCAUUGAGUAUUUAUUACUGCUUUGAAUAUAGAAAUGGAAUUUUAAAAAAAAAUACUCGAGAAAGAUGCAAAAAAAAAGAAUAUAUAAAAAGAAAACAGAUGUAUAACCAUGGGUAUGAUACCUCCAAAAAAGGCUGGCCUUUUCUUAUGCCAGUGGUACCCUUUAUCAGGGUGGGUAAUGAAAUGGUUUCUAUCUAGAAAUAUCCAAAUUGAGGUCUAGUACCUAGCGUGUCACUUAUAUAUGUAUUCAUCCUUAAGUUUCCUGGAUUUUAUGAUGAAUGCCUGAAAUAUCACUCAGAUAUUUUAUCUUGGCAGCAAAAAAUCCCCCGUGUAUCUGAUCAGGUGCACAAGUUUCCAACCUUUGUGUCCCCCAUCUCCUCUUUGCAUUGUCCACUGAAUGCUUUGCACUCGGCGUAUCAGGACAAUUUCUAAAACCAUAAAUCAUCCAUCCUGAGCAGUCCAAGGAAAUGCCCAACCCUUGAGAGCACCACAGACAGGCCUUUUGGUUCCCUGCAAGGCUUGGUUUCACUCAGACAGCAUCACUGGCAAGUCCACACAGAAUCACGAGGCUGUAGAGGCAGGGGGAGGACAUUCCUCAGCUUCAGCUUUUCAACCCUGUGCCUCCAGGCCUGCAGGUCCACCCCACAGCUCUUGGAUAGCAGGUGACUCAUGUGACAAUUGGUACAACCUGGCAGGAGAAGCCAGGGGACAGACUUGUUCCUUCAAACUGGACAGGACUGUGGCGCCACCAGCCCGGGCUGUGGGGGACGCAUGCCUCUCUCUUUUAUACAGAUUUCUUGCAGGUUUAUAUCAGCUGUUGGAAACUUGACAGUGAUGUACUCCAAAUUUUCACUGAUUCUUUGUACUGACAGACAUUUAAAAAUCCGAUCCUUGUUUUCACCAGUAUGUUUGAUGUCAACAGCAUGACAAAGCCAUAUUAUUAAAUAAAAUUGUGUGAAAGCAUGGCUUUUUAACAGCAAGGAAAGAAAAUUUUCAGAUGGAAAUGCAAUUAGGGGAAAUUUUCACCCCAAUGUGGUAGCUAUAUUCAGGUUUUUAAAUCUCAACUUGUGUCACUGAUACAUGAUUAUUAUUAUUCUUAUUUUGGUAUGAAGAUAGUACAAUAGAAACAUUUUGGAAUACCUUAAUUAAACAUGCUAUUAUUUCAAUAUUAAAACGAAAACUAUCUCAGUGGUACAGUUAAAACUUGUUGGCAAUGACAGAAGCUUAAUUAAAUACUAUUUCCCUUGCAGAGUCCGUGAAUGUCAGGAGAGUUUAGUGGAAAAGGUGUUUUUUUUUUGUUGUUGUUUCAGGAUUGGUUUGUUCCAGAAUGCUCUCGGGACUGCUUUCUUGAGCAAGAGUGGUUUACAGACACUGACAGCUUCUAUUUAGUUAUUCUACUCAGCAGAAAGCAAGUUGGAUAACAGACAUCCCCUGUGGCUUAUUGCAGUAUCAAAGUGGGAGUAAUUGAAAACUUUGAGUCCUGACAAUAUCUAAUAAAAGUCCAUUUUGAGAGCCCUGUUACUAGCCUAUGAGAAGGGAUAGAUGGUUCUUCCAUGUGCUGACUUACAUCUCAGUAGACAUGGUCCUGCCGUGUUUCUAAUUUCCCAGAAGAUCUCAGGCUCAUCCCCAUUUAUGUGUGUAACAGCUUCUUUAACUCUAGAACGCAGCGAGAAAGUUAUAAUGUGGGACAAGUAUUUCCUCCUGGAAUCCUUGGAUUUUCUAAGUCUUCCAAGUUUUUCCAUGUUAAAUGCCCACAACUAUUAAAGUUCUUUUCAUAGAGCUCUAAUGGAUUCACUUAUGGGCAUCCAUAUUAUCCAGGACACCCUAUCUUGGGUGACAUGAGAUUAUAGCUAGAGAAUAAUGUAUUGGAAUCAACAUGAAUGUUUGUGUCCAAAAGCCCCAGAAAACACUUUAAAGAUUUUUAAAUAGCAUUCUGUUAUAGCAUGUGUACUUUUAAAAGGGCACUUUCAUGAAGGUUACAAGAAAGACUGGAGAGCAUAAAGGAAACUUAAUUAAAAUUUUUGAAUUUAUUAUGGCCCUAAAGACUCUGGGGAUCAGAGUCUGUUAAACAUUCAGAAAAUGUGAUACACAUAUUAAUAUAGUGUUGGCUGGGCAUUCCUCUAUUUAAAAGUUUAUAUUGUUUAAAUUCCCAAAAAUGUUACACAGCAAUAGUUAAUGAAGGCUGCUUUUAGUAGUAGCUAAAUGGGCCCUAAGUGGCAGUAUUUUGCCAGAUAUUUAUUAAAUUUACAUACCAUACUUAGGAACUCCCAUAAACAGAGUCACAGCCUUUCUGUGGAGUGGUUACAGUAAAUGGAACUCCACCUCUGUCAGAAAUCUGUCCCUUUUAGGAAGGAAAGCUGGUUAAAUCUUCAUGGUGCAAUCUGAAGCCAUCAGGGGGUUCUUUAUCUACACUCAGGACUAAGAUGUCACAUUUCUUUGCAUUUCAAGACAGCGUCACUCUAUCUCUUAUUGUCACUAUUGUAAAGAAACAAAUGUUGACCAAGAAUGACAAUUCAAACACAUCUAGGUUCCCCAUAUUUUUUUCUCCAGUUGAUCACGUGAGGCAGGAGGAUAGUGUGUAACAAGUGUGUCAUUCUCAAUCCUGGAUUGUUCCCAUGGAAUACCAAUGAUGGGCCUUGUCCCUGACUUCCCCUCUACAUUCUUACAGGGCUGCUUCUAUGGAGAACUUUGUGCUCAGGACCAAGAGAUGAUCGAUUAAAAGUUGCAUGUAAGCCUCAGGGCUGUGCUUUACCAGGCAAUUCAGAGGUUUUGACACAUCUUUGCAUCAUUGUGUCUUUCCUGGUCUUCCUGGACACAGAGAUCAAAAAAAUAGCACUUCCAUGUGUCUCAUCUGCUUGGUCCCUCAGCCACUUUAUCAGUCCUGGACUCUCCGGUAGUCUUCUGUCAUUAUAGCCAUAACAUGUGGGCAAAAGCAACACUAAGAUAAUCCUUAACUUUUUCAAAAUUGGGGAAACCAAGGAACUGGAUAACUCUAAGAUGAGUUUAUGAGCCAGUUCAUUCUGCUGGAACAGGUUAUAUCUUAUGUUCUUGAUGGACCCUUCUGACAGUAAGGAACACUGUGUCUACUGAAUUAAUUAGGUGCUGUUUGGGUGCAUAAGGUGGGAUCAGUCUUAGAUGAGUAACAACAUUUCAUAUGCACCAAUGACACAAGCAAAUUUCUCCAGGUUUUCUUAUAAAUCAACACACAGUGCAUAUGGUCAGGUUACUUGAUCUCCUCUGUUUGGCUGUGGGAAAGACAGAGAAAGGGCCUGGAGUGGGACUUGGGGAAUUAUCAACAGGUGCAUGAUUGAAUAUAUAGGACCCUAGUCUCAGAUUGUGUUCUGUCAUGUUACCUGUUUGGAUUUCUGACUUUUUGAUGAUUUAGGUCUCUAACCCUGUGGUUACACACCCAAUCAAGGCAGCUCCAUUUAGAAAUCAAUUGCUUAGUUAAAAUGUGCCUGAGUUUAAACUUGUUUUUUAUACUCUGGAUAUUUCCAUUGUGAAAUUAUUCUGCAUGUUUCUGUCGGGCAUUAUUUAAACACUUGGUAAAUGAAUGGUCUUUUUCUGACAAAAAAUGGAAGUUCUGAUUCUUGUUUUAUUAAAUGAAUAAAGGAUUUUAGUGAGAAAAAAAUAAUCUGACAUAUUCUCUACAAGUUUAGGCUAAUGAAAUUUGAAGAAUUACAGACACUGAUAUAGUUCUUAUCUUAGUAGAAAAGUGUGCAUGUAGAUAUAGUUAUAUAAUUGUAUAUAUACAUAUCUACACACAUGGUUGGUUUUAUAGUCUUUUUCAUUAAUCUUUAUGACGAACCCUUUACAGUAAAUCUUAUUUUAAUUAUGAAAACACCAAUUUUUUAAGAGAAGGAAGCAAAUGUUUUAUGUCCUUCUGUUAAAAAAUAAUUACUCCUCUACCUACCCACCCAGACAUACACACUCACAUUCUGCACAUUUUGACAAUAUUAAAAGAAUAACAGAAAUAUUUCAAAGGCAUAAUGAUGGUAGAACCACUACCUUAAUACAGAAUUCUAGUCACAAGCCUGAUUUAAUUCUGAACUUUGAAGAGUUUACCUGCAAUAGCUCAUGGCUUUUACAAGAUUAGGGGAAGAAACAUUUAUUGGUUCCAAGGAAAAUAGUCUUCUAUAGCUAAGUUUCAAACAAAUAAAAUGCAUUGGUAAUGUUAAAAUCUAACAUUCAUAACACACAUCCCAUUUUGUUCUAGAUAAAAUGCUUAUAAAAUCCUUCCAGUGGAAACCAGUGAACUUUUUUAACAGGUUUGGGAAUUUUUUUGUAUGAUGAUUUUUAAAAACUAAAUGUGUACUCUUCAAACUAAUUAAGGCCUGAGGUUUUCCAGGAGUUGCAUUUUAAAAAAAAAAAGUGUUUGUACACAUUUUAACACUUUGAUAUUUUCUAUUUUGGUUUUGUAUAUUUUUAUGUAUACACAGUGUACAGACUUUUUCUUGUAAAUAAAACACACUUUUCAUUUGUCUAGAAGUUUCUCUGUUUUUAUUUGUAGAAGUCACACAUGGAAAUGACUAAGUGGCAUAAUAAUGAGCCAUUCCUAGAGGAGCAAAAAAAGUCACCCAAAGCUGAAAUCUAAUUAGAAGACUGGAUGGCAAAAGAAGUAACAGCCCAUGACUUCCAACUAUAAAUAUUAGCACAGCCUGACCCGGAGCCAGAGGUGGUGGAGAGUUCUUCCAGGGUUUAAUUGACACAUGCAGGAAAAUGAAGUGGUAAAAUCAAGUGGGAAAGACAGAUUUUCAGCAAACCCAUCCUGAUGUUACCUUAGUCACCUAGCUUUUUGAUGAACUUAUUGCACUUAUUAAUUUAUUACUCUUCCCCAUUGUGUCAGUAAUUUAAGUUGAAGAAAACAUAAACAAGUUAUUAGAGAAAAGAUCAAAGACAGUCGAGACACCUUCAACCCACCAAGAUGUCAAAUUAGCCUGGGUAUUUUCCUACUUGCCACAGACAGGGAAAAUCGGUUAAUUGGAUUUCUGGAAGGAGAUCCUCAGUCAUUUGUACUUUUUUUAGAUAGACUGUGUAGGAAUCCUCAUCCGGGAAGGCUUCAGGUUCAGAUGUGAACAGCUGGGGAAUCCGGAAGAGACUGGUCGUCAGGGAUGGUUGUACUGAAUCCCAGAGGACUCCCGCCACCCCGCAGGAUGACAGCUUCCUUCUAGGUAAAUGUGGGGCAGGCUGGCCAUGCUGUGAAGAGUCAAAGGACGCUGGUCUAUGCCCAGUGGGCACGCAGGAUGAGCAGAGCUGGGCACACGGAGGGGCACACACGGAAGACUGUCCCUGGAGAUCUGAAUACUGAACUCUGGGAGGAUUAAGGGUAAAGAAAAGAAAUCACGUUAGAUAGGUAGUGCUCACAGCAGUAAAGGAGGAAGCAGAGAUUUCCUCCACUUAGACAAUGUUUCAACUUAGAGUAUUUUAACUCUGUGUGCUGAAACUAUCCACAUUCCCCCAAAGCAUAAUUCAAAUUUUGUAUUUGGAACUCUUCCAGGGCUAGCACUCUGCAUUCACAUCCUCUUUCUCUCAACGCUGGGCAGUGGCAUCUCCCCGUUAGUACCCACCCCCUACCCUGAUGGGAAACUGCCCUACAGUGCGUUGUGUGCUAAACUAGGAUGUGAGAAAGUUAGAUGGAUUCAGUGCAUCUGCACCUUAGGAAGAGAAUUAGUGGGGGUGAAGACCUGGGCAGGGAAAGGAAGUCCAAAGGGAGAAGCAAUGAAAAUAAAUGCCACCGCGUGUCUGAUGUCAUUUACAUGUUAAAGUCAUUAAUUCAGAAAUAAAAAUACUCCAGCAUCCAGUGACCAAUGCCUGUAAUCCCAGCAGCUCUGGACACUGAAACAGGAGGAUCAAGAGUUCAAAGCCAGCGGGCUGGGGUUGUGGCUCAGUGGUAGAGAGCUUACCUAGCAUGUGUGAGGCCCUGGGUUUGAUCCUCAGUGCUACAUAAAAAUAAAUAAAGGUUUUGUUGUUGUUGUUGUUGUUUGCUGAGAGCCAUAGCCAAGUAGGAAUGACGCGUGGCAAUUUCCUUGUCAGCCUACCCCAUGUUGCUUAGAGGGAGGACUCUCCAUUGUGGAAAUGGGCUUGCCUUGGACCCAGGUCAUUUGCAGUGACAUUGCAUGAAUGUUUGAGAAAGGUGACCCUGCUCAAGGACCAGGGUGGAUCCGGGUUUAGGGAGGAUCCUGCUGGAUUAGGGCGGUUCCAGGUUUAAGGUGGACCCUGCUGGGAAUAGGGCGUAUCCUGCUGCCUCAGGUGCCCGCCCGCUCCUUGAGUUCCCGUUGAGUUCUCGCGGGAUUCAGAGAGUAUUUGGGAUGCAGAGUGCCGGUGGAUUUCCCCAGAACGUGCAUGUAGAGUGCCGGUGACAGUUCGAGAAUAAAGAAUUGCUGUUUGAAUCUACAA